UUCUCGUUAGGGGACAUCACAUGUCCGUGCGCGUAACCGCACUAUUAGAUUAUGAAUAUCAGGGCACCCGGCCCCUGGCAGAAGUUGGUACACAAGUUCAGUAGAGGAGUAGAGUUAUUCGGUAGAUACUCAGCGAGGAGGCUUCUGGUGGUGGAAACAACGCUCAACUGAGAGGUCGAAAUGGGGGCUUCACCGCACUUUUUAGUGCUGGCACUGAUAUAUCUUCUUCGUCAAGCCGAUGGAAAAAAAACCUACGCGGACAUGUUCCCACACAAGCACUCCUUCCCCAUCCCGGGGGACCUUCCAAUCCCUAAAGACCUUCCCAUCCCUGGGGGUCUUCCUAUCCCGGGGGGUCUUCCUAUCCCGGGGGGGCUCAUCCCGGGUAAGCUUUCCAUCCAGAAGUUUCCCAUCCCAGGGGGGCUCCCCAUUCCGGGGGAUCUUCCCAUCCCGAAGGACCUUCCCAUUCCCGGGGGUCUUCCCAUCCCGGGGGGGCUCAUCCCGGGGGGGCUUCCCAUCCCAGGGGGGCUAAUCCCGGGGGACCUUCCCGUCCCAAGUAAGCUUUCGAUCCGGAAGUUUCCCAUCCCAGGGGGGCUCCCCAUUCCGGGAGAUCUUCCCAUCCCGGGGGGGGUCAUCCCGGGGGGUCUUCCCAUCCCAGGGGGGCUCAUCCCGGGUAAGCUUUCCAUCCGGAAGUUUCCCAUACCGGGGGGGCUCCCAAUCCCGGGGGGGCUCCCCAUCCCCGGGGGUUACCCCAGCCCGGGGGACAUCCCUGCCCCGGAUAAGCUCUCCAUCCGAAAGUUUCCCUUCCCGGGGGGUCUCCCCAUCCCGGGGGGGCUCCCCAUCCCGGGGGGGCUCCCCAUCCCCGGGGGUUAUCCCAGCCCGGGUAAGCCUCCCCUCCGGAAGCUUCCCACCAUCCUGGGGAAGAUUCCCUUCCCCAUCCCAGGCUGGGACCCAGACACCAACCCAUGGGACGAAUACCUCUACCCACCGUUCGGACCCAAGCCAAAGGACCUCACCAACCGACGGCGACGCUGCGGUGUUCCUCAUGUGUCUGUAUCCCCUGCAGCCAAGCCCGUGAAGGUGCGCUUGACCAGCGACAGCCCGGCCAUCAACGGCUCCAGCAUCUCCUUCACGGCCAAGCUGGAGUACCCCCCCUGCCAGAAGGAGGACCCCAACGGAGACUUGGUGUGGGACGAGCACUGUGACGACGGUAUGGAGCUGGAAGCCUCAGCCAAUGGUCAGGUGCGCUCUGGACCGGUGGAAGGCUGGACUACCUGGCUGGAUGACUACGGCUUUGGCAAGUGUACGGACCUGAAGACAUGCAACGUGUUCCCCGACGGGAAGCCCUUCCCUCAGAGCAACGACUGGGGCCGGAAAGGCUACGUCUAUGUGUGGCACACCAUGGGCCAGUACCAUGAGACGUGUGACGGCACCUCGUCUAGCCUGACACUCAACACCAGUGACUUCCUGCUGGGCACGGAGCUCAUGGAGGUGUUGGUGUACAGGAAGCGCGAGCGGAGGAAGUAUGUCCCGCUGGCCACCGACAACACUAUCUACUUCAUCACAGAUAAGAUCCCGUUGGCCGUGAACAUCUCCCAGAGCGCGGCGGCCAACCUGUCGGCCAACGUGUUCUACCGCGGCCCGGACGUGCUGCUGGACGCCGAGCUGCACGACCCCAGCGGCUACCUGAAGACCGCCAGCGCCGUCGACUACAUGUGGGACUUCGGCGACGGCAACCGCCUGGUGACGCACAACCGGCUGGCCACGCACGCCUUCGGCGCCAGCGGCAAGGUCCGCAUCAGCCUCAUGGUGAAGGCGGCGUUCGAGACGGCGUGCCCGCCGCCCACGCCCCCUCCCCCGCCCACGACAGAAGCCCCUGGAACCACGGCGACCACCACCAGCAAGAUGGCUACCACACAGGCCUUCAGCAGCACCACAGCCAAGCCUGUUGCCCCCUCCACGACCGGGGUCCCUACCACGGAGUUCCCCCCAUGGACGGAGGCGGACCCCACCCUGUGGCCCAACGCCACCGCCCUGCGGAACGCCGAGGUCCGGGCCGGAGACGACAAGUGCUUCCGCUAUGUCUACGGAUACUUUGGCGGGAACGUCACCGUUAUUGAUCCCCCUCACGGCGUCAGCAGCCUGUGGUUCUCCAGUAACAUCCUGGACGUUUCCACGGCAAAGGAGACCGACAACGACAUCGGCUUCCUGAUCAAAUGCUUCGGCAGCAUCCCCACCAUGGUGUGCACCGUGGUGUCCGACGCCACGUGCAAGGUGGUCAGCGGCAUCGUGUGCGACGACGUGCCCCCCUCCCCCACCUGCGAGGUGUACCUGAGGCGGCGUUUCGUUCUGCCCGGGACCUACUGCGUCAACAUCACCCUGGGCAACCAGGCCAGCGCCGCCCAGGCCAGCACCUCCGUCACCAUCAGCUACGCCCAGGAGGAGGUCCCCGUCUCCCCCACGUCUCCUAACGCCAGCAAGGUGGUGGUCACCGCCAGCGUCCUGUUAGCAGCCGCCUUCGCCUUCAUCGCCUUCAUGGUGUACAAGAGGUUAAAACCUCCUCCACCAUUCCCCAGGCGAUACAAGAUGUACCAGCCCGUGGACCGGAGGGCCGCGGGGGGCCACAUGGGCCGUCUGAGGCAGACCUUCUUCCCCACCAAUGAGGAGCGUUACCACCUGCUGACCGACAGGCACCCCCUGUAGUCCCUCGCCCACUCGCUCCGUGUGUCCUCUGAUUCAGCCACAGCCACUCGGGAGCUCUGUGCGUCUCAAUGGAGCCACUACGUGUGGCAAGUUAGUUACAUAACAGGCACGGAGGUUAUCAGAUUGGAGGAUUGUUUUUUGUAUGGAUAUACUCAUUUGACUUCCUUGUUUAUAUGGUGGAUUAUUCUGAAUGUGGCUUUGAAUGUUUGACUAUUAGUAUUUGAGUGCAGUGUGUGUGAAGCAGCUAAAGAUGCAUUUAGUUUAUCCUACCCUAGAUUUGCAUUUAGUGGCGAUAAAACAAGAGAUAGGGAUGUUUUGUUGUGAAGUUCAUUUAUUUCAACCUUGCAUAUAGAAACAUUUUAAGGGGUGAAAUGUAGCCACCAGUUGUCCACUGAAGUCACUAAAACAGAGGAAAAGGCAGAUU